AUGGGUAUAACUCGACGUGCGAAAGAUAAGGCCGCUCGAGCAGAGCGCGCUGCCGGCGGAGCCGGUGACUCUAGCUCGAAGCGGCCGAAGAAGGCCACGUUCGAUACCACCAAAAAGAAGGAAAUUGGUGUCUCCGACCUAACGUUGUUGCGAACCGUGUCCAAUGAAGCCAUCAACGAGAACCUGAAGAAGCGCUUCGAGGCUGGAGAAAUUUACACCUAUAUCGGCCAUGUCUUGGUGUCGGUCAAUCCCUUCCGCGACCUGGGGAUCUAUACCGAUCAGGUUCUUAACAGCUACAAGGGCAAGAACCGACUCGAGAUGCCACCCCAUGUUUUCGCCAUCGCCGAGUCUGCAUACUAUAACAUGAAGGCAUACCAUGAGAACCAAUGCGUCAUUAUCUCGGGCGAGUCUGGUGCCGGCAAGACCGAGGCUGCGAAGCGCAUCAUGCAGUACAUCGCGAAUGUGUCGGGCGGCGAGUCGGGUGAUAUCCAGCAGAUCAAGGACAUGGUAUUGGCCACGAACCCUCUCCUUGAAUCCUUUGGUAAUGCGAAGACUCUACGCAACAACAACUCGUCGCGCUUCGGCAAGUACCUGCAGAUCCAUUUCAAUGCACAGGGCGAGCCGGUUGGUGCCGACAUCACCAACUACCUCCUCGAGAAGUCGCGCGUGGUGGGCCAGAUCACUAACGAGCGCAACUUCCACAUCUUCUACCAAUUCACCAAGGGCGCGUCCCAGCAUUACCGCGAAAUGUUCGGCGUCCAACAACCCGAGACAUACCUCUACACAAGCAAAUCUAAGUGCUUCAAUGUCGACGGAAUCGACGAUCUCACCGAUUUCCAAGACACCCUUAAUGCCAUGAAGGUUAUCGGUCUCACCCAAGAAGAGCAGGACAAUAUCUUCCGAAUGCUCGCUGCCAUCCUCUGGACCGGUAACUUGGUGUUCCGUGAGGAUGACAGCGGGUAUGCCGCCGUGUCGGACCAGUCCGUGGUUGAUUUCUUAGCCUAUCUCCUCGAGGUAGAACCUUCCCAACUGAUCCAUGCGAUUACCAUUCGCAUCUUGACCCCGCGAAGCGGCGAAAUUAUUGAGUCUCCCGCAAACGUGGCCCAAGCGACGGCGACUCGCGAUGCCUUAGCCAAGGCUAUUUACAACAAUCUGUUCGACUGGAUCGUUGAAAGGAUAAACCAGUCCCUGCGGGCACGGCAGGCCACGGCCAACUCUAUCGGCAUUCUCGAUAUUUACGGAUUCGAAAUCUUUGAGAAGAACAGCUUCGAGCAGCUUUGCAUUAACUAUGUGAAUGAGAAACUACAACAGAUUUUUAUUCAGCUGACUUUGAAGGCAGAACAAGAAGAGUAUGCCAGGGAGAAGAUUAAGUGGACACCGAUUAAGUUCUUCGACAACAAGAUUGUCUGCGACCUCAUCGAAUCCGUCAGACCGCCUGGCAUUUUCUCUGCUAUGAAUGAUGCCACUAAGACUGCCCAUGCCGACCCCGCGGCCUGCGACCGCACGUUCAUGCAGACGAUCAACGGCAUGUCAAAUGCGCAUCUCACCCCACGUCAAGGUAGCUUUAUCAUCAAGCACUACGCCGGUGAUGUGACAUACUCCGUGGACGGCAUUACCGACAAGAACAAGGACCAGCUCCUGAAGGGCCUUCUCAACCUGUUUCAGUCGAGCAAGAACCGCUUCUUACAUACUCUGUUUCCCCAUCAAGUUGACCAGGGCAACAGGAAGCAGCCCCCGUCUGCCGGCGACAGGAUCAAAGCCUCCUGCAAUGCCCUGGUGGAUACCCUUAUGAAGUGCCAGCCAUCCUACAUCCGCACCAUCAAGCCCAACGAGAACAAGUCCCCUACCGAAUAUAAUGAGCCAAACGUCCUCCAUCAGAUCAAGUAUCUCGGUCUGCAAGAGAAUGUGCGAAUCCGUCGCGCGGGUUUCGCCUACCGUCAGUCAUUCGAGAAGUUCGUUGAACGUUUCUUCCUGCUCUCGCCUGCGACAUCAUAUGCUGGUGAAUACAUCUGGGAGGGGUCCUACGAAGAUGCUGUCAAGCAGAUCCUUAAGGACACGAGUAUUCCGCAAGAAGAGUGGCAGCUGGGUGUCACCAAGGCAUUCAUUAAGUCUCCCGAGACCCUCUUCGCCCUCGAGCACAUGCGUGACAGGUACUGGCACAACAUGGCCACGCGUAUCCAGCGCAUGUGGCGUGCGUAUCUCGCCUACAGAGCCGAAGCAGCCACCAGAAUCCAGCGCUUCUGGAGGAAGAAGCGUGUUGGUGCCGAGUAUCUCCAGCUGCGCGAAGAAGGUCAUAAGAUUCUUGGUGGUCGCAAGGAGCGCAGGCGUAUGAGUUUGCUCGGUUCGCGCCGCUUUUUGGGUGACUAUCUUGGUAUCAACGCCAACGAAGGCCCUGGCGCUCAAGUACGGAAGGCUAUCAACCUGAGCAGCAACGAGAAGGCGGUGUUCUCUUGCCGUGGUGAGAUCCUUGAGGCGAAGUUUGGCCGCUCGAGCAAGCCCAGUCCAAGGAUUCUUAUUGUCACGAACAGCAAGUACUACAUCGUGGCUCAGAUGCUGGUGCAAAAUAAGGUGCAGAUCGUGGUCGACCGUGCUAUCCCCCUGGGGGCUAUCAAGUUCAUUGGUACAUCGACGUGCCGUGACGACUGGUUCUCGCUGGGCGUUGGGUCACAGACGGAGCCGGAUCCUUUCCUCAACUGUGUGUUCAAGACCGAGAUGUUCACGCAGAUGAAGAGGGUCAUGCCCGGAGGCUUCAACCUCAAGAUUGCUGAUACCAUCGAGUAUGCCAAGAAGCCCGGCAAGAUGCAGAUUGUCAAGGUCCUGAAGGACGCCCCGACAGAGCACGAUUUCUACAAGAGUGGCGCCGUUCACACCCAGCAAGGCGAGCCCGCCAACUCGGUAUCUAAGCCAACCCCCAAGGGCAAGCCCGUCCCCCCAAGGCCAAUCACCAAAGGCAAGCUCAUCAAACCUGGCGGUCCACGCGGCAGGCCAUCUAGGAUCCCGGCCAACCGCAAUCCCCGCCCUCUGCCUUCGUCAACAACAACGGCUUCCACUAGUGUUCCUAGGCCGGUCCCUACUCCACAGCCCGCUGCUGCGGCGGCGGCAACAACGACAGCCCUCCCUUCACACACCCGGCAACCCUCAGCAACUCGGGCUCCUCCCCCGCCCCCUCCAGCUGCCAAGCCUAAGAUCAUGGCCAAGGUCCUGUACGAUUUCACCGGUCAGCGCGAGAACGAGUUGACUAUCAAGGCCGGGCAGAUCAUUGAGAUCCUGCAGAAAGAAAAUAACGGUUGGUGGCUCGCCAAAAACGGCGACGCCUCCGCCUGGGUUCCCGCCGCCUACGUCGAGGAGCAAGCACCCGCUCCAGCCCCGGCCCCUCGUCCCCCGCCGCCCCCUCCUGCUGCCAAUGGGGCAGCUGCCAAGGCGAAGCCGCCAGCGCCAACGCCCCCGGCCAAGAGACCCGUGGCAGCAAAGAAGCCGAUCGGUUUGCAGGCACGUGACUCGGGCAUGAGCUUGAAUGGGCCGUCGGAUGCGAGCAGGAGCACGACACCGACGCCGACGCCGAGUUUGGCGGGGAGUUUGGCGGACGCGUUGUUGGCUAGGAAGAAGGCGAUGGCGAAGAAUGAUGAUGAUGACGACGAUUGGUGA